UCCAUGGCCCUCGCUGAGCCAUCACAGGUGCGCCACAACUACCACCCCGACUGUGAGGCCGCAGUCAACAGCCAGAUUCAGUUGCAGCUGUAUGCCUCCUAUGUUUACCUGUCCAUGGCCUUCUACUGCGACCGCCAUGAAGUGGCCCUAGAGCAUUUCGGCAGCUUCUUCCUGCGCCGCUCGCACGAGUGGAGAGACCGCUCUGAAAAGCUUCUGGAGCUGCAGAACCAGCGUGGCGGCUCCAUCCACCUCUAUAACAUCACCAAGCCUGAUCGCGACGACUGGCGCAGCGGCCUCCAGGCCAUGGAGUGUGCCCUCCACCUGGAGAAGAGCAUCAACCAGAGCCUCCUGGAGCUGCAUCACCUGGCCACUGAAAAGGGGGACCCCCACCUCUGCCACUUCCUGCAGCGCCACUUUCUGCACCAGCAGGUCCUCAUCAUCCAGGAGCUGGGCGAGUACCUGACCAACCUGCGCAGGAUGGAGGCCCCAGAAGAUCCCCUGGCCCAGUUCUUCUUUGACAGGCUCACCCUGGGCCGCAGCAACAAGGACAACUGA